UGUCCCGGCCAAAAAUGUCCUGCGGGACAUUCAUCCUUUUGUCCUCAAAAUGCAACCAGGCGCUGCAUACAAUGCAAGGAAGGUACAUUCUCCUCUCACGCGUCUCGUAGGAAGGCAUGCAGGCCUUGCUCUCGCUGUGGUGAUGACAAAUAUGAAAUACGCCCAUGUACUCCAACUUCAAAUGUGGUAUGCAGGAAAUGCAGACAGUGCCCUCCUGGAUCUGAAGUAGAGAAGUCCUGUGAAGGAAAGAAAGACACUGUUUGCAAGAAGUGCAAUACUCUUGAUUCUGGCAGAAAAUGCAAAAACAGAGGACUUAAAAGGACACCAGGUACUAAAUUCAGUAGGCAUGUUUCGUUGGGUUCUCCCGUUAAAACAGAACUAGCAAAAUCAAGGCUGUGCUCAAAGCAAAUUUUAAAAGAUGGCCGGUGCUCUGAACAUGUGAAAUCAAGGGUGCUCAAUAUAUGAUUUGUAGGAGGAAAAUAAGAGUUUCAUGGUCGACCGGGAACAAAAGUUAGGCGCCAGCGACCCCUGGGUCCUGCUAGAGCACAAUCUUGAAAAUGAGACUCUCAAAAUAACUAAGUACCCUUUUUAAGGCCAUUUGACCCUAAUGAAAACCUUUCUGGGACGACCAACACUGCCUAACUUUGUCCUUUAGCAGAUAUUUCUCACUCUGAGGGACGCAAAAUAUGGAAUAAAGAUCAACAAGCUAAAGAUGCUUCUCUUGUUGAAGUUCAGAUUAAAAAACCUUGGUUCAGUGGUAGUGGCCAACCCACGCAUCAUGUGAAACCUUCGCCAGGAAUACACGCGCUUCGAUCAACGUCCUCAAACGGUCGUACGCCAUCUAUAGUGUCCUUCACAUCCCGUCACGUGAUUAGCAUUACUUCGUUUGUCAAAGGCUCCACAAAGGACGUACCCUCCAAAGAGACAUUAAUCGAACCAUCCCCUGAUGUGCAGGCGACAAAGUAUUCACCCACUACCAGCCCAUCUACAAAUAGCGGGGAAUCUGACUUGAAGUACGCACGUGUCAUACACAUACGACGCGACCAGCCGAAACUUCCAAUGCAUACGCGUCGAAAUGCCGAGCAUAGCGGUACAAGAAAAGCAUCAACAUUUCCAGCGUUUCAGUUAUCAAGCAUGUCCUUUAAAGACGUCGAUACUGGGACAGUGUUUAGUGUGCCAUAUAUCCGAGUAGUACCUGAAGUUUCCACGACAUUAUCUCCUGAGCAUAGUAUGUCUACAUGUAUUUUAUAACCCUCUCCCCCCUCCCCCUUCCCCUACUUGUACAGAGUGAUUACCGCGCCAACAUUACUGUUACAUUGCUGCUAAUGUUUGGUAAAUAGCAAAUCAUAGGAUUUGCUGAUACACUUUGACGCAUUUCCUGCUGAAAAGGGUUACUCUCUCGUUCAGCCUUAACGGAGAAGUGGCAGUCAGCUGCUUAUUUAUCUUUAAUCACAAGUAAGAUAUUAUAGUUUCACAGGGGUUUUAGGUAGGUAUGGAAAGUCAUGACGAAGUUUUCAAGCGUUUUUGCCUGACUUUUGAGUCCAACAAAGUAGUGGGGAUUUUGUCUUCAGUGAAGCACAACGGGAUUUGACUAGUAAGUAGAAUGGCGAAAGUGCCAUUUUAAUUAUUGUCUCAAACAGAUUCGGGAUUUGUCAGCCUGUCCGUACACCAUUGUUAAACUUCGAGAGGGUACCGUGAGUGGGCCCUGGGACUCAUACCACCUGUCUUGUUUACGGAACCCAAUUCCUUUUCUUGACUUAUAGCAACCUGAUUAUUAGUUCUUUCCUUACCUCGUUAGCGAAGGUGAAGAGACCUCUCCCGGAAAGUCAGGAAGUAAGAGGUUCUAACAACAGAUUACCGUUGUAUUUGGCCGUUGGUGCAGUAGCGAUUUUAGUUAUCGGCAUCUUCCUAGGAUUCACACGACAUAAACUUGGUAAAGGUAAGACACCUUCCGUUUUUUUUUUUUUUACACAUGAUAGUUUGCCCCCGGCUUUCAGAAUAUGGAACGUCUGAAAUCGGAAACACAUGAUGACGUUGCAGCAAACUUACUAGCUAAACCAUUUUCAAGUCACUAAUUAUUGUCGCAUGACCUAAUAAGGCUAUCUUUAGUUCAGAACAUAAAUUAUUAAAUCAGUUUUCACAAGAUGGACCACCCCGUUUGUUUUAGAUGAAUUUGAGAGGAAGUUUAUGCCUUUGUUUCCUUUCUGUUAUGGACUGUAAGGAAACAUCACCUCAGCAGAAAUCUUCAUUGCGUAAAAGCAGAUCAAUUGAGUUGAAUUUAAUACUCAAAUACAAGUCGAUCGGACCAAAGGGAUCCGCCCAAUACUCCAGAUUACCUUAAAGCUUUAUCAACAAAGGUUUGGCGGCUUCUUAAGACGUUUUCAUAUGUUCCAUAGGACCCCUCUUCAGCUAUAAAUCUGAAAUCAGACAAAGGCGUCCUUGUUGUCCCGGAUCAUCCAACUGUUGCCAUAGUGACUCCUUAUCAAGCGUCGCAGAAGCACAUACAGAUCAGGUAGCGGUUUCAUCUUAACUGAAGUUAAUUUAGUUGAUUAAGCAUGCAGUGUCCAAAUUAGAAACUGUAGGUUUAUAUGACUGUUAUACUGUCUGAUUGUUGUUUGGGCGUGCUACGAGUCACUGUAGGUUGACAGAGCGACAAUACAAGAUACACUUGUGCUAGCGGCGAAAAGGCCCUUGCAUCGACGAUCUUUGUUGUCAAUCUUUGUCAAAAGGGUCUUUCGUGACAGUCGUACCAAAAAUCGGGUUAUCCGAAAACGUUACAAAGAGAGAUGGAAUUAGCAAAAACAAAGUUUACAUUUCGGUCAGUCUGUUUGAUCUGAGAUUUACAGGAACACAAGUCCAAACGAACUAUAAAGCAGGUGAAAAAAAGUUUAAGUGCUUCAAUAAGAUCUCUUUCAAGUAAAAUUCCUGAUCAGUUUGCGACUUAAGUUGAAGCUUCUGUUGAAAAAUAUCGUCUCAGUAUUUAUCGCGUUUUUCUUGCCAACUGACACCAACUUUUCGAGUCGGUUUUCAUUUUCUUUGGUGUAUUUAAAAUCGUUCAUUUUUCUUCAAGAAAGUUCAGUUUCCAUUCUAAACCAGUUAGACGAUUUUGCAUAAGACAAGUACUCGCUAGAAAAUAGCCUUCGCUUCGUAUUUCUUUUUUAGUUUGUAGUCGCCAUCUUUGAUUUUGGGAGCAGAGGCGGAAAAUUGGGAAUACUAGAAAGUCUUGAAAACGUCUCCCUGUUCCCUACCUUUCUGUCCUUCCUCCAACCGGCUGGCUCUACAGACUAGACGUGUUUACACUGUACAUGUAAUGAUUGAAAUUCAAUUGAUUUAAUGUCUUCACAGAAUGAUAGCAGACCUUCUGCGACUGUACGUGUAAAAGAUUUUAGUGAAGGUGAACUAUCCUCUGAGCCAACCCAACUCACACAUGAUCUGGAAGUAGAUGGUCAUCGUACAGUUUUCGACUCGUUUCCCGUAAUAAGAGGACUGGACGACAGCUCAGGGUACUAUGCAAACUUACCUUAUGAAAAUGUUAGCAUUUAGUAUUCUCGUGGUGUGAAAUCCGGGUGCAGGACCGGAUUAAUCAUGUAGUCAAUCGUUUCAAGAGUAGGUUACGUUCUUCAAGUAGGAGAGCAAGGGAAUUGGGUUGGAGAGAGGGGAGUGGGGGUGGGGGUGGGGGUUUAAAGAGGCAGUAAGAGAGCCAAUCUGCUUUACGAAUGUUAAUUAAUUUUACCCAUGUGGAGCCUCAAAGCCUCAAUUUAAAUGCCCAACAGCUAACCUGAGUAUACCUUUUCCUUCCUAUGGAUCACUGGCAUUUAAUAGAUACAACAAACGCCGUUUUUGUCUACUGUUGUCACCUCACGACUUCAAACGAACGCAAUUCUUGUUGUUGUUGUUGUUGUUGUUUCUCUCCCGGGGCGUUCCUCAGUCCCGUCCCCCAGCCACGUUGUCGCUCUCUGGUAGUAGCCAACUCGAAAGCUUGGCUCCUUUGGCUGCUAUACACUCUUUUUCCUUUGUUAUGUUUAAUUCAAUGUAUAGUUAGCUCUGUUUCUGCUUCUUUUUUUAUUCUUUUUUAUUGUUGUUGUAUUGUAAUUGAAUAAGUGUGAAAAAAUGAACUUGAACAAGCAGAGUGCAAUUUUAACUUAAGAUGUCAUUCCCUAGACCCUAUCCCCAAUACCUCACACGAGCUGAAGCUACAUUUGACAGUUCCGGCGGAAAGUUAACAGCUGAAGACUCCAACGUGACUAUCAACGUGGAAAGCGGGGCAGUUCCUAAUGGUGUUUCCCAGCAAUUUUAUUUUGGUGUGGUCUACGAUGAUACUUUGCUGUUGCGUGAUAUCCCGGAAAGGCCCGAAAGGUCGCUCAUCUCUCCCGUGAUUAAGUGUGGCCCCGACGACAUGGACCUGUUAAAGCCAGUAGAGAUCAUUCUACCACACUGCUUGUACAUGGACGAAGUCAAAAAGUCGUGGGUUAGUGUCUAUAGAUGUCGACAGUUCUCUGAAAAAGGUGCGUUUUUCCUUCAGAAUAGAUCCUCUCAUGGCCGCCAUAUUUCUGUACAAAGCAAUGAAACGGUGGCCAAUUUUGUGCAUAAAAACAAAUCCCGUGGGAAUUGAACUCCUCUCCACGCUGGACACGAAAAUACCAGAAGUAACCAUUUUGGUCUUUUUUCUUUAACUUAACGCCGCGGCGUUGGUGGAGAGGGAGACUUGUAGGCGUUUGAAAACACCUUUGGCUUUAUCACCAUUUUUACAUGAGCUGGUUAUUUACACUUGUAAAGGCUUCUGUCAGUGGAAAGGAAAAGAAACGUUUCCAGAGUACGAUCUUGUGUUUACCGCUAUUGAUUUGAUUUUAUUUUAAUAUAUUUUCAUUGACCUCCUCCGUUUAUUCAUGAACGCAUCUAUGAAAGUUUUUUAAAUAUGCGGUUUAGUCAUGAUUCUUUUUUCGCCAUGUUUAAUUUUUUAAAAGGUCCUAUGAACUGGGAGAGAGUACCUUCAGAAAGAGAGAAAACCUGUCAUUCCAAGGCUUGGUUUACAGUUAAAAAGGAUACGAUUCAUAUUAAAACCAAGACGUUUUCAUUCUGGAGCGUCUUCUGCUGCGGCGGCCCUAAAAGGAAAAGAGCAACGGUUUUUGUGAGCAAACCAAAUCCAGGGCGAAACUUGCUGCACCUCCGUUUUUAUAUCUACAGCGACAACGAAGAUUCUAGAAAGGUAUGAACUGGAGUGAUAGUAAGAAGUGUUUAUCAUAUGCGGGGAAAAACCACCCUGGAUAGUGUGGAGACCCUAAUAACAGCCCUAAAUUCCGCUUAAAUCGAGAUGGACUGUACCAAAAACGUACGGAACGGAACGGACUGCAAGGAGGUAGGAUUAGCGAGGUAGGAUGAGUGACCUCAAAUCCUUCUUUCGACUUCUUUUCCUUCCGUGUAGCAUUAAGUAGCUUUAAAUACCCGUAAAACGGAGCACUGUUGGAGAGAGCUCAUGGUCGGCCUCAGGUUUGUUUGUCAGAUGACUAUUUCGAGCUACCGACGUAGUAUAACCUGUUUUUUUUGUUUUUGCAAGAGGCGCCAGCUAAUCCUCGCCUGCGUAUAGCAGAGGUCGAAAAGGGUUGGGGAGAAGGAAGGGAAAAGGGGAGAGGAUUGGGGAGAGAAGGAAGAGUGACUUCCCUUUUCCCUUUCGCGCUUCUCCUAUUUUAACAAAUGGGACUAAUUCUCUAAUUAAAGCGGAAAAAAAUUAAAAUUAAAAUAGUUAUUAAAAUGCGGCCCCUGCCUCCAUUUUUUGCAGAACCUUUUCACUAGGACGAAAUAUGCCCCAAAAUUUGUGGGCUGACCGCGCAAAUGGUAAACCGUCUCCGGUAUUUAUUCUAUUGUGUCCAGACUUUACUUUUGACAGGGCAGUUUUUGUCAAACAGUCACAAUUAUUGCUGUAUAAAAACGAAAUAGAUCACGAUUCAAGAUUGUUGAAUCUUGCAUUUUUGUAUUGCAAUAAUAAGCAUCCAGCUUACAGAGCAAAAUGUUUAAACGUUAAUUCUUGAAAUCUCUAAGUUGAUUGGUACAUCGGACGACAGAAACUCCGAAACACUUCCAUAAUUGCCUUAUGACACUUCAAGCUGCCUGCAAAUGAUGCAGAAAGGGGAAGAAAUUACUUCCCUGAUUUAAAGAUAACAUAUCCAGUAUGCAAGUUUUCAGUUUCGAUGCUCGUUUACUUUGAAUACAGAGAAUGGAGAGAAAAGAGAGGGAGAAGUUUCCUGAUUCAAAGCCAUCAAUUGAAAAACCUUUCAAGAUGUACAAUGAUACCAAUGACAUCACCGUCUGGCUUAGACCAGAAGAACUUGCUAAGAAAGGCUGGGAACUGGAUCAGACUAACGCUACACAGGUAAAACCGGCAUACUAAGCAGUUUUCACUGAUUGCAGGUAAAAGAUUAGUAAAAGAUUUAAAGUUUGAUUAUAGUGGGAUGUGGUCAUAGCUUAUCCAGAUAGUUUACACUCACUCCACUCUAAUAAUUCUGAUCAAAUAGUCCAAAUAGAACGUAACAGGGUUAAAAAACGCAACUGACAGCAGGUAUUUACAAGCGUGGCCGAGAUUCGAACUCGGGGCUAGCAACAACAAAUCCAGCAAGUGGCCAGAGUUGGACUCGAACCCGGAACCGCCGGAUUGCAAGUCCGACGCGCUGACCACUCGUCCACGCUGGCUCCACAGGAAAGCAAACGUGCUUUGCAAGCUUUUGGAUUUGAAUUCACAUUUAGCACCAACACUGGAUAACCUUAACUCCGUUGAUAGAACAACCCGCAUCAUGCGUAUUUGACACAUGUCACAACUGUACAGAAAUGGCCACCUACAAAUCCUGACAAUAUAUGAGAAAAGGGUAAAUCCGCGAUUGUCAAGGAGAUUUAACCACCCCAGUUUAUGACUCCUGUUCAAGGUAGUUAGUCCUAAAAAGCAUUUCACUUUUGCCUCACUAGACACACUAGCUCUGUGCAUCACAACCGAGUAUUGGUUUACUCUUGUACUGUUUCCUGCAUCUUCUGACCUGGAAGCCAAGCUUGCCGUUAACUUGCAUUACUAAUCAGUGUUCUAGUAUUACCUUCGCUAAUGCUCAGAGGGGUUUUUGGUUGCAGAAUAGCGUAACCCGCUACGCUGCACAACAAAAACAAAUUGUAAUAAUUAUAAAACUAUGUGAAUGUUUUGUAUCCUUUGUCAUGUAGACUUACCUCUAUGAUAUGGCUUACAAGAAUGGAUACCGCACGUAUGAAUCGUGUAGUUACGCAGUGAAUCCCAUUAGAGAGAGCCUGGAAGAUGUAACUGAUUUUUCGUGCAGUUUAUAUUUCCAGCAAGGAGACAACCCGGAACACUUUAUUUACGUAAAUCCAGGGAUUUCUCUGACCCGGCCACAGGUAAAAGACACUAAGAAACUAAAAGUCCUUCCCAACUUCCCGACGGCAGUCGCAUGUGCGCAUGCGCGUAGCGCAUCUUGCUUUCCAAUAAUGAUUCCAUGACGUCUCUUGUAGAAAAACCCUAGCCCAUGAAAAUACUUCCUGGUAGAAAUAGUUUUGCUUGAGCGGUGCAUCUUGUGGUAGAUGGUGUGUGAGAUUACCUAUGUAGUGAAUGCUGAACGCUGUUUUUUAAAGUUUUACACACCAGUAUCAAACGAGUCAUUUAUUCUCCUGGCAACCAGCGAACUGGCACUACAAGGCGGGUUACGACAGAUGAGCUUACCUUUGAACUUAUCUGUAACAUGUUUUUUAUCUAAGUGCAGUUAUCUGAUUUUUGGCGAACUCUAUCCUCUUACCCAAAGUUUAUGCCAUAUUUAACGAUGUUCUCUCUGUCUGACGCAUCACUACUUUGCAACUCUAUUAAACCUCUCACACAAAGACAUUUUUCUGCAACAUAAUCUGCAACGCGCUUUUCGUCGUAUUUGGGGCACAAAAGGGGGUCAUUGUGUCAGGCGUUCCUAGCGGAGACCUUGGAAAUGAUGUAAUUUCUCUAGAAUCGAGGCCCUUAAAUUUUCGUUUAUUUAUACACGCGUAUAGCCUGCGACCGCAGACGUAUUUCCGGUCGUCGCUAAAACGCGUACUAAAUCAAUUCAGAAACAAAUAAAAAGUAUCGACGUCGAUGAAGUAGGAAGUAAAGAUCCUUUAGCGAGUAAAUCCUGUUUCGUGUAGAAUUAAUCGCCUUCUCAUUUCUCGAUCUAAUCUCCAAGCAAGCGAGACUGACCGCCACUCUAGGAGCGUUCUUGUUAAUAUUUUUCCAUUUAGCACUAAGUUUGAAACACCAUUUGAAAGCUAAGAGAAUAAUUUAUUAUAGGUAGAUUUGGCGGUCAAAAAAAUCACCACCAAAAUUCAAUGCAUAAUUAUAUGCCGUAGUUUGAUACAUUGUCAAUAUUCAUCGCCUUUAAAAAUGCAAUUCAGUUUCUCUUUCCCUUCUUUGGUUAAUAUUGGUUUGGAAAUUUCAUCUGUAGACCUUCAAUGGAUACCACGUCGAGGGCCCAGGCAGCGGUAAUAACAGCUCAGCAAGUGCAGCAGAGAACUUAAGUGACCCACCACAACUAAACAACGAAAGAGAACUUCAGUUCCCUGAAUCCUUCCAAGGUGUGUUUAUUUUCAUUUUCAAUCAUACUUUCAAAACAAAAAACAGUAAAAACAAAAUCAAAUGA